CGUAAGCGAUUAUGUACAGAUAGGCACGGGUUAAAAUGAUUUUGUAUUUUAAUACCGCAUAUCGGUUUAAGCAUAAUUCAAUUAUAAAUGUUAAUUGCAUACUUAGUUCGACGCUAAACAGCUUGCUUUUGUACUCAUUAUAAUGUAACGUCAUAUUAUAAUGUUUAAAAUAGACAAGUUCUUAAAACUACCGAAAAGGAUUAAGAAAUCUACGCUACUUCCGUGUAUUGUGUUUAUAAAGGCGAGUAUAAAAAGCGGCAAUAUCUUCAACAUCUUCUCAAUAGUGUAUUAACAAGGAUAUAAUAAACACUUUGGAGUUUACACUCUAUUAAGACUAGCACAUGUCGGUUCUAUAGGAGGACGCUUAAACAAUACACGCUGCACAAUUUCAAGGACAGUAAUGAUUGAACUAUUUCUUGUCGGAGGGUUAUUGGCAUUUGCGUUAUAUGCCUGUAGCAAGAAAACACUUCGGUCAGAUGGUAGGAAGGUUCCGCCCGGGCCCGACCAAUCCCUAGUGUUCGGCAAUUUUAAGGACAUAGACACGGAGCGCGUGCAUCAGAGUCUUCACGCGCUUGCCAAGAAGUACGGUACGAUGAUGAGCAUACGUCUGCUGCGACGUAAAAUUGUCGUCUUGAAUUCGGCUGACGUCAUCAACGAGGCGUUCGGGAGCGAACAGUACAAGGACCUUCUCAACGACAAGGCACAAGGUUUCUACGGCACGUACCUGGUGUACGGACACGCAGACGUGCUUCUCGGGCCCUGCAGGGACCUCACGUUCCGGAUUAAGGAAGUAAUGAGCUUAGGGCUACGGCCCGCCAUGGUACCGUCUGCUCUGGCGGGAGAUUGCAGGAAGAUGCUGGAGAUGCUCGGGAAACACGGUUCAAACGACUUCGACCCCGCAGACGAUCUGCAUACCUUAUUCGCAGAGGUCACAUCAAAACUGAUUUCCGGUGAGGUAAAAGACGGAGACGUGAAGCUUAUGUGGGACUUUGUAGACUGGUCAAACCGGCUGCUGAACCCUUCCGUGGAGAGUCUUCUCAAGAACUUCCCCUUCCUGCGCCACCUUCCGGUGAAGGUCGGUGUCCUCUUCCGGGAGGUUCUUGCCAAGAGAGACGUGCUUCUGGCGCGGUAUCUGGACACCACACGUGAGACGUACGUGAAGGGGAAGGAAAGGGGACUUGUUGACACGUGUUUCGCUAUCCAGGAAAAAGAGAUAAGAGCCAACGGCGAGUCCUGGCUGACAGACGACAUGGUACGAGCCACAAUUCUGGACACCAUUGGGGCAGGCUUAGUUUCCACAACCAACUCUGUGUUGGCCGUCAUCUUGAAUCUGUUACACAAUCCCGCCUGCCAAGACAGGAUGCGACAAGAAUUGCGCGCAGUGGUUCAUCCGGCCGCCCUCGUGACGCAGGCGGAUAUGAACGGGUUGCCAUACUGCAGGGCCGUCGUCAUGGAGACGCUACGUCUGUCAUGCGUUGUGCCAAUCGUCAGUCAUUACUGUUCCGCCGGGGACGUAGAUCUGGCGGGCUACACCAUCGAAAAGGGCACUAUGGUGUGGGGUAACCUCUGGUCGGCGCUUCAUGACGACCACAUUUGGGUGGAGCCAUGGAGUUUCAAACCCGAGCGAUUUCUGGAUGACGACGGGAAAUUGUUACCGAAGGAACACAAGUUUAUGAAAGCGCUUAUUCCGCUUGGAGUCGGUCGAAGGAUUUGUGUUGGGUACGACUUUGCGAUGACGCGAAUAUUCGCUUUCGUCACGACCAUGGUGCAACAUUAUGAUAUUACUCCGCCAGUGGACACGGAACUACUUUCCAAUGACCCGAAUCUGUUUUCCGCAGGCGCGGUCUUACAGCCCGAUAGGUUUAAAUGUAAACUCGUUAAAAUACAGAAAUGAAUACGCAGUGUUCGGUACGUAUGCACUAUAGGAUAUGACGUCAAAAGGUGGGGUUGGUAAUUAUCAGCGUUUGAAAAUUCUGACAUUGCCUUUUUUACAACACGUGUCAGAUAAUUGUUCAUGUAGACAUAAACACGUGUAUAUUUUGCUCAAAAAUUGCUUUUGUGACGAGCCCGUAAAUACAGACGCUUGUUUUCUCAAUCGUUCGUGACCAUGGCAACACUUGAUUAAUGUCCAACACUUCAUAUUUUUAAGAAAUAGUUUCUUAUUAUUAUCUUACCGAACAAAAUACCAUAAAAGGUGCACUGAAAUCGGUCUGCAGUAAACACAUAAUGUUACUAUUUUGGGUACACAGAUAUCAAUACGUGCAAAAAGUUUUUUAUUUUACAAAUCAUUUAUAUGAUUGCUUACAUACGUUAUACAUUCUUGUAAAUUAUACGAAAUAUUAUUGUAUAUACACAUGAGAUUGUGGGAGUUUUUCAAUGUUGGCUUUUUCCAUUGUCUCCCAAAUAAGUUUUAUAUGAAUCGCAAAAACCCACAUAUAAAAAUGCCGUUACAUGAGCACGGUUUUAUUCGUUGCUUUUUCGGCCAAAGUUUACACUGCCUUUAAGUGACCUGUGUUUUGUUUAAAGUUGAAUUCUUUCCAUUAAAAAAAAAAGAUAUUUUUAAGAUAAUUAUACACAAGUAUUCAUGUUAGAAUCAUUCGCUUAGUAGGCAACGGCACGUUUUCGAAACAAACAUGAAUUUUUAUCAAUAUAAGUUGUGUUAUUCUAUUAAGUGUUACUGAGUCCGAUUCGAGAAAAAAAUCUUUGCACGUUACAUGGUUCGACCUGAACUUUAAUCAUACAUGUUUUGCCCAUGUUAUUGUAGCUUUAUGCCUAUUUACUUGUGUUUAUCCUCGCUAUAAUUUGCGAGCCUAUCUAAUAAUAAUUUUAGUGUCAUAUUUUAAAUAUGCAUUUAUCAUGUGAUAUUUAAUUUCAUUUUGAAUUAUUACCAAUAUUCGCGUUCAUUGUGUUUGUAUUUAUUUAAAUAUACAUUCAUUAUAUUAUACUGCUUAACAUAUAUCAACAUAUAUUAUCAGUUACAUUGACAGUAAAUGAUGGUGUUUUGGAUAUUCAUGUACAGUGAAAUAUGGCAUACGAAGGCAUAAUAACAUGUUAUAAUAUAUUGUUUUUGUUUUGUUUAAAACAAUACUAUUUACAUCUAUGUUAUUUAUAAAAAUAAAACAACAGAUACAAUAAACGA